AUGGCUACCGCAGCUACUGCCACUGUGACGCCUCCAGCGCUCGGCCCUGUCUUCAGCGCUACACCUGCAGCCCAGCCACCACAAGGCCAGCCAGACAUAUCCUAUCACCCCGACUGGGAAAAGUACCAAGUCCGUGUAGCCCGUCGCACUCAGAUAGAUAACCUCCCAAAAACCCUUCCGGAUGGAUUCCCCAAGGAGCUAAAGGGCGACCUAGUUUGGGAAGGAGAGUCUCUUGCCCAAGAAUACGAUUGGACCUACGUCUUCUCGGCCGACCAACUAGCGGAAAUAGACAAUGCAGUUACUCACUUCAAAUCCCUCAAGCUCGGCUUUGGCUACAUAGCGCAAGAGACGUUUCCUCUUCCUAAUCUGCAUGCAGAGCUGCGCCGUCUCUCCCACGAGCUACAUUUUGGCCACGGCUUCUUUGUUCUUCGUGGUCUGGAUGUCGAUAAAUAUACACGCGAGGAGAAUAUCAUUAUCUACACUGGUAUAUCCUCGCAUAUUGCUUCUAUCCGGGGCCGUCAGGACGCUUAUCUAGACGACAAGCGUGCGGAUGUCGUUAUAGGACAUAUCAAGGAUGUCAGAUCUGGAGUUGGGGAGGGCGAGAACAAGAGUCAGCUCAAGAUUGGUACUCCAGCGUACACGUCGGACAAGCAGGUCUUCCAUACUGACUCGGGCGAUAUCGUCUCUCUCUUCGCACUCUCAACGGCGGCAGAAGGAGGCGCUAGCCGUCUUGCCAGUACGUGGCGUGUUUACAAUCAUCUGGCUGCAACAAGACCCGACCUUAUCCAUACGUUGAGCCAAGACUGGGAAGCAGAGAUCUUCACCAAGACCGUAGAUGACAAAGAAAGAUUCGAGAAGCGGCCUCUGCUCUAUUACCAGCCUGCCAGCGUAGAUGACAAGACGCCAGAACGGAUCCUUCUUCAGUAUGCUCGGCGCUAUUAUGUUGGUUUUGGGCAGCUUCCGCGCGGCAACCAUCUGCCACCGAUUACCGAAGCCCAGGCAGAGGCACUCGAUGCCUUGCAUUUCUUAGGCGAGCGUUUCAGUGUAUCGACCAACUUCGAAAAGGGCGAUAUACAGUACGUCAACAACGUUGCCGUAUUCCAUGCGCGUGACGGCUUCACUGAUGAGGGCGACAAGAAGUGA